AUGGAGGGUGGAUUUCAAGAAUACGAGGAAGCCAACAGUUCCGUCCAUCACAACGAGUUCUUGUGGGGAAGUUCAGAUGACGCUGCCUUUAUAUCAUCGGAUGCGUCGUUUGGCAUGAGGGUAUUCAUCACCGUUGUCUACUCAGUGGUCUGCCUGCUGGGACUGUUGGGGAACGGGCUGGUAAUGUACUUGAUCAGGACCCAGAAAGGCAGAUCCACUCCCAUUAUUAAUAUUUUCAUCUUUGGCUUAGCGGUGGCUGACUUCCAGUUCUCACUGAUGCUUCCCUUCUGGGCUGCAGAGACAGCCCUGGAUUUCCUUUGGCCCUUUGGCGAAGUGUUGUGCAAAAUCGUCCCUUCUCUCACCAUCACCAGCAUCUACGCCAACGUGUCAUUGCUCACCGCCAUGAGUGUGACGCGCUAUUGGACUCUGGCAAGCGCCCUGAAGGCUGGCUCUACAAUGACUCCUAACCAAGCCAAAUGGAUUAUCGUGGCUCUCUGGGCCUUGGCGUUGGGAGCUGCUGUCCCCACUGUUAUAUUCAUGGCCAUGCAGGAUAUUGAUGGAGUUCAAAUAUGCCUCUUCAGGUUCCCCACAGGAUAUGGCUUGGGCAUCUAUCGUCUCCACCGUGUGGUGUUCACCUUUGUGAUACCCUUGGGAAUCAUCUCUGUCUCCUACUUUCUUCUCCUACGGCUUCUCAAGACCUGCCAAGUCAAUGGCAGCUAUUCCAAACGGCAGAAGCACAUCACCACCACCAUUCGGCUGGUGGUGAGUUCCUUCUUUAUCUGUUGGUUUCCUAAUCAGGUGGUCACCACCUGGGGGGUUCUGGUCGAUUUCCAUUUGCUGCCCAUCAACAGAGCUUUUUACUUUCUCCACAACUACAUCUUUCCCCUCACAACGUGUUUGGCCCAUGCUAGCAGCUGCCUCAACCCUGUCCUUUACUGCCUGAUGCGGAAUGAGUUCCGGAAAGCUAUGAAGGAAACCUUUCAGAAGAUCUCCAAAGCAGUGUCUUUUUACUGGAAUUCGUCCACUAAUAAGAUAGGGGAGGAGGACGUCAUGCCGGUGGUUGUGCCUUUAAGCCCAUCUGAAAAUCCCUCCAAAAAACCAGAAGUGGACAAGGAGAACCACACUCUCUCUUCCCUCUUGGAACUGAGAACCAAGGAAACAAAACUGACCACCAAGGCACAGCUUAUACCUGGAUCAGACCCUGAAACUUAG